CUUCCUCUAUCAAUAUUUUAACAUUGAUUUUCUUCAUUUUUUUGACCCAAAUUCCUAUUCUUCCUUUUUCACGUCACAACAGUGCAAUAUCUUCUUUUGGAUUUGAAUAUUUAAUGAAUUAGUGCUUUUGGGCAAGUGGGGUUAAGGCCAAAGACUCAGUUUUUUUAAUAUAUAAAAUGUGGGGUUCUCUUCGGGGCACGCAUUUGGUGUGGUAUUGUGUUGAGGAUUGGAUUUGGAUUAAGGGGUGUUCAUAAAGUUUUGAACUUUAUUGGAAGCAGUCUUGGUUUGAGUUAAAGGGGUUGGUUUUUGCAGUUUUGUUUUGUUUUUGUUUUUGUUUUUGAAGGGAUGGAUAUAACGGAAGUUUCAAUCUUGCAUCAUGUGGGAAUCGUGUUGAUGGGGCUCUGGUUGCUUUCUGCAUUCGACUGGUGCCACACGGUUGUUUAUUUUGUAGCUCUGAUCUACCUUUUUCUGGUUCACGAGCGUUAUGUUACGAGGCUGCGGAAGAAGUUGCAGCAUGAGGAGAGGAAACAAGCUAAUCAGAGAAGGGUGCUUUCUGAUUCUGAAACAGUCCGGUGGUUGAACCAUGCAGUUGAAAACAUAUGGCCUAUAUGUAUGGAACAGAUUGCUUCUCAGAAGAUUUUACUCCCUAUCAUACCUUGGUUCUUAGAGAAGUACAAACCUUGGACUGCUAAAGAAGCCGUUGUACAGCACCUAUACUUGGGAAGAAACCCACCUUUGUUUACUGAAAUAAGGGUACUUCGGCAGAGUAAUGAUGACCACUUGGUUCUGGAGUUAGGAAUGAAUUUUCUCACGGCCGAUGAUAUGAGUGCAAUACUUGCUGUGAAGCUAAGAAAAAGAUUGGGAUUUGGAAUGGUGGCAAAGCUGCACAUUACGGGAAUGCAUGUUGAAGGGAAGGUCUUGGUUGGGGUAAAGUUUCUCCGGACAUGGCCUUUUCUUGGCCGGUUGCGCAUAUGCUUUGUUGAACCUCCAUAUUUCCAAAUGACUGUCAAACCUAUCUUUACUCAUGGGGUUGAUGUGACAGAACUACCAGGGAUUGCUGGGUGGCUAGAUAAGCUUCUGUCUAUUGCUUUUGAACAGACACUUGUUGAGCCCAAUAUGCUGGUUGUUGAUGUUGAGAAAUUUAUUUCACCAGAUUCAGAGCCUUGGUUCUCUGUUGAUGAGAAGAACCCUGUUGCUUAUGCAAAAGUAGAAGUUGUUGAAGCAUCUGACAUGAAGCCAUCAGAUCUAAAUGGAUUGGCGGAUCCUUAUGUGAAAGGUCAUUUGGGUGGAUACAGAUUCAAGUCAAAGAUACAAAAGAAAACACUUACUCCAAAAUGGCACGAGGAAUUUAAAAUUCCCAUCAUAACAUGGGAAUCUAGCAAUACACUGGCCAUUGAAGUUCGUGACAAGGACCAUUUCUAUGAUGAUAUCCUUGGGGACUGUUCUGUGAACAUCAGUGAUUUUAGGGAUGGGCAAAGACAUGAUAUGUGGCUGCCACUUCAGAACGUAAAAACUGGGAGGUUGCAUCUUGCAAUUACUAUUCUUGAAGAUGAUGGAAAGGGAGUUGAUACUGCACGUGACCAAGAAACAGUGGACACUGAAGAAAGAAAAAGUUCCUUUGCAAAUGAGACUACUAAUAAAAGUUCCUUUGCAAAUGAGACUACUAAUAAAAGUUCCUUCUCAUCUGUUACAUCUGAAAAAUCUCAAAAGCUGGCAGAUAACUUUGAGCCUAUAGAUGUUGAAGGGCAAAAGGAGACAGGAAUUUGGGUUCAUCAGCCAGGAAGUGAAGUUUCCCAAACUUGGGAGCCUAGAAAAGGGAAGAGUCGUCGCCUUGAUACAGAAAUUCAAUGCGAGCCUAAUGAUUCAGCUGGCAGCUGUAAUUCAGCAAUAUCUGGAUCCUUGAACAAUGACAGCAGCAGUCCUGAUGAAAAUCCUGAAGAUAAGCAUAAAAUGAAAUCUGUUAGGAGAGGCCUGCACAAGAUUGGUGCAGUAUUUCACAAGAGUCAAAAAAAGGAGGAUAAGUCAGGUUAUAUUGGAGAGGAAGUUCCAUCUCCACAUGCUAACAUUAGGUCAGUUGAUUCCAAAGGGAUUAAUUUGCAGUUUGUGAUGGAGGACAACAUUUCUGGCUUUCCAACUGGUAAGGUUCAGGUAGAAGGAGGAGGAUCACCUGAAGGGAGUGGUUCUGAGAGCCCAAACAAGGGAAAUGUCAAGGAUAUGGCAAAGAAUAUUUUGAAACAAGCAGAAAAAUCAGCUCGUGGCUUAAAGCAUGUUCUUUCAUGUAGAUCAAGGAAAUCUAAAGGGGACUCACAUGCAGUUCCACAAAGAGAAAAUGAAUAUGACUCUACGGAUGAUGAAUCUCUUUCAGUUCAUUCACCCAGAGAUGAAAGAACUCAAGUUGUUUCCCAGCCCAUGGCCUCAUGUAGCAAUGGUUCCCCUAAUUCCAGGGUGAAUGUGGUUCAGAGAGUUCCAUCUAACACUUCCGUGGACAAUAAGGCUCCAAUGAAAAACACUCAUCUUGAAGACCACCCUAGAAAGUCUAGUGAAAUCUGUUGAACCAGAGCAUGAUAGAGGAAAUGGUGGCAGAUAAAAGAGAUGUUUACUUUUUGUCCAGCUUAAGAAUGCCUUGGCAACUGUCUAUUUGGUCCAGCAUUUCAUGUUUGUUUGUUUGUACACCAUUCCUUGUUGAUGCUUUGUAGCACUGGGCAGAUUUUGGUUACUGUUUAUAGUAGUUUUGGUGAUCGUGAUAGAUCUUAUUACAUGAACAUGGUCAUGUUUCGGAUGCUGGGGAAGUUGUAUUUUUUUUUCAGUA